CCUCGAUGAAGAAGCAGUAGAGAGAGUGAGAGGGGGGCAGCUGGUUGCUUUCCCCCCCAAUACUGCUCCUUGCUGUCUUCAGUGGACUCCUUUGCUGUGUUGCCAGCAGGGACCCCCAGUGGAGCCAUCAGGCACAGGGCGGAUCCCCAGCAGCCGCCAUGGCCAGCGGCAGAGAUUCGGACAGCGAGCCGGCGGUGCCCCAGGAGGAGGAGGAGGUGGAGGGCCCGGAUGUGAAGGCUGUGCAAGCCCAUUACCUGCGCAGCCCCUCGCCCAGCCGGUAUUCAGUGAUAUCAGAGACAGACACAGAGAGCAUCUUCAUGGAGCCAAUCCACCUGUCAUCUGCUGUGGCUGCCAAACAAAUCAUCAGUGAAGAGCUGAAGACAAAGGACAUCAGGGUGGACUCGGUGUGUCCCAGGAUGUUGGAGUCUGCACAGCAGCUGAUGGUGGAGGACCUGUACAACCGAGUUAAGGAGAAGAUUGAUGACACCAGCUUGUUUAACACGCCGUGUGUGAUGGACUUGCAGAGGGCACUCAUGAAGGACAGGCUGGAGACCCCCAGGGACGCUGUGGAUGAAGUCUGGCCUAAUGUCUUCAUAGCAGAAAAAAGCGUUGCAGUGAACAAAAGCCGUUUGAAGAGACUGGGGAUCACCCAUGUCCUGAAUGCAGCUCAUGGCACAGGUGUCUACACAGGAGCAAGUUUCUACAAUGGUCUCAAUAUCCAGUACCUGGGCAUUGAAGUGGAUGAUUUUCCAGAUACAGAUAUCUCCAAACAUUUCCGCCCAGCUGCAGAAUUCCUUGAUGAAGCCCUGCUGACUUACAGAGGCAAAAUCCUUGUCAGCAGUGAGAUGGGGAUCAGCCGCUCAGCUGUGCUAGUGGCUGCCUACCUGAUGAUCUACCACCACAUGACUGUUCUGGAGGCUCUGAUGACCCUGAGGAAGAAGCGUGCCAUCUAUCCCAACGAUGGCUUCCUGAAGCAGCUGCGGGAGCUCAAUGAGCAGCUCUUGGAGGAGCGAGAGCUGGAGCGUUCUGGAGAGGAGGACGUGACUCCAAGCCAAAGUCCUCUUCCCUGUGCAGGGACUUCUUCACGGCUGUCUGGAGAUGGGGACUCAGGGAGCAUCAAGGGAGCCAAAGCCCACUCCAUCACAGUAGAAGAAGAGGACACCAGCAGCAUUCUAGGUAGUUUUAUGAGCUCUUCAUCUGUGGAAAAAACUAGUUGGGUUUCCAAACACUCUACCCUGAUCACUGAGGAGGAAGAGGAACAAUUGUAUGAGGAAUGGAGGAGGAAACAAGGCCUAUCUGCAAAGGAAGCAGGAGUUCACCAUGAAAGAAGAACAUCUCCAAAGCAUCUGGAUCAGGAAGAGGAACAAUCUGAUGAGGAUGUGGAACGGAGGAUCCAUGAUUGGCAGCGCAGAAAUGAGAAAUAUCAGAUGGCAGGUAGAGCCAGGGAGGAGGAUGGUGAAUGCAGCAUGGGAGGAAGACCUUACCCAUCAGGUGAAUUCAGUGAUGUUGAGAGUGUGAGCAGUUUUGAGAUCCGAACCCUAAAAAAGCAGCUGGAAGCCAGUAGCUUUAGCAGGAUGAGGAGGAGCCGCACAGACUCCAUGUCUUCUGAGAGCACCUGGGACAUGUGGAAUCAGAGGCUUCUGGAGAUUGAGAAAGAAGCUGCUCAGAGGUAUCAUUCUAGGAAUAAAACCUGUGGGGAGAGACAAUCCCCAGAAACAGGAAGAAAGGAGAGGGAUGUGGAUGAGGAGAGUGUGUUUUCAGACUCCUCCUGUAGCUCCUUCUACAAUUUCUGCCAAAAGAACAAGGACAAGUUGACUCCUCUAGAAAGGUGGAAGGUCAAGAGGAUCCAGUUUGGCUUUCACAAGAAGGAUUUAGAACCAUCAUCUGCACCAUCUCCAGCAGAGAAUGGCAGCCAGGCAGGUCAGGAGGAAACAGAAGGGAAGAGUUUGUCAGAUAUUGAUCUGACUGCUUACCAGGCUUGGAAAAUGAAGCGGCAGAAGAAGGUGGGCAGUGAAAGCAGCAAGGAGGAAUUUGUGGAAUUUGCCAAAACUGAGGAUUCAGCUUCAGCUAAAAAGAAGCAGAGGCGUGUAGAGCUCCUUGAACGUUCAAAGAAAAUUUUAGAAGAAAGCCAGUCCAUGUGCAGCUGGGAGACAGAGAGUACAAUGAGUGGGAGUAUUCCCCUGUCAGCUUUCUGGCCUUCAGCACCUUCUGCAAGCGCUGCCGACGAUGCAGCUUCUGCCCUGAGCAUGCAGACAAAUCAUUCAUCUUUGUCGCAGGCCAGGAGUUGUACUGGAGCAAUGCAGCUGCCAAAUAUACCCCUUCCCAAUCUCCCAGUUGGCCCAGGUGACACAAUAUCCAUGGCAAGCAUUCAGAACUGGAUUGCUAACGUGGUCAGUGAAACCAUUGCUCAAAAGCAGAAUGAGAUCCUGAUGCUGUCCCGUCCAUCGUCCGCCAUGGCCUCCCUGUCAGGAGACCUUGGCAGGCGAGCAGAUGAUGACAAGGUUUCUCUUCUCAGUGCUCAGAGUGGCUCAUCCCUCGCUGCCUCUCAGCUCCACCAGCAGGACCUGCGCAGGGCUGAGUCUCAGUCUGUGCUGUCUUGCAACACCUCUGUGAGCGCAAGGACUGAAGGGACUACUUCAAACAUGAGCAUGACCCAGACAAGCAAACCACUGUACAGCCUCUUUGCUGAUGAUGUUGACCUAAAGAAACUCAGGAGGAAGGAGAAGGAGAUGCAAAUGGAAAUGAGAGAAAAAAUGUCAGACUAUCAAAUUGAAAAGGUGAUCAGAGACAAUAAACGCAGCACUUUGUUUAAAAAAAAGGUGACCAAAGCAGAGGAAAAUGAAACAGAAGAGGAUAGAGAGAGUACAACAAACAACCACAGGCGUCCCUUGCAAGCAGAUUUUGACAGAACUGAUGCAGUCUUUGAUCUGUCCAGUCAACCUGCAACCUCAGGUGCGCCAAAGUCAGAGGUAGAUACUGAUAUUACCAAGUGGCUCAAUGGCCUGAAAGCAGAAAGAGAACCACCGUCAUAUUAUGAUCAGACUGAGAAAGCUAGAGAGAAAUAUAGAUCAUCCAAAGUUAGACAGAUGGAUUCUGAGACAUCCAGUUACAGAUUCUGCAGAUCCCAAAGAAAAGAGCUAGAUAGCUGUUCUUCCUACGAGUCAACAGGAGAUUCACUGAGAACCAUGUCAAGGUUUUCCUCUGCUUCUGCAAAAGAGGACAAAAAGAUGUACAAGUUCACUAGGUCCAGGGUCAGUGAGACAAGUUCCAGAGGAAACAGCCCAGAGCUGCAUGUUUUCAGCCAGUCACCUGAACCACCCUUUGACUCUGAAUCCCCUGAACCAUCUACACAGAGCCGAGUAAGAGCUCAUCAUGUGGAGGCAUGUGAAGAGGAGGCCAGGUCAGACGUGUCAGAAUGUGGAGCAAAGAGAAAGUUCACCCAAAGCUUUUCAAAGUCUGAAGAGGAUGGAAAGAAGGAGGCAAAAGUGGAGCAAAGUGAAGAAAGGUUUGCAUCUAGGCAGGUCUCUCAGUACAGGCGAAGCACGCGUAAAGAAGAGGAAGAAGAGAUGGAUGAUGAUGCCAUUAUUGCUGCUUGGAGAAGCCGACUAGAAGAAACUACAGCAAAGCUCCAGCGGAGAAGGGAAGAGUGACCAAGAUCAGACUACAGGAACACAAGCAGAGCCACAGAGUCCCUGAAUCACUCACUCAUUAUAUUUUUGAUAAUCCUUUGUGGUUUGUAGGGCAUUUCCUGCAGAUAGUUCUCUUCUUAAUCAAAAGCAAUGAAGGGAAGAGGUCAAGUUCUGCAAGUGUUUGUGGUUUGUCAGAAAGAAGAUGCUAGUAUUAAAUGAUCAAUGUAGGUAGGAACACAAUGUUAGAAGCCAUUAGGAGCCAGACGAUGUUUCAGCAGCAAAAGCAGGUAACGGUGACACCUCAAGUCAAAAGACCAAUCACAUCCCAUUUUGGUUAUUUCAAUUUCCUAGUGUCGUUAAAGACUGGACAUGUUUUUUCUAGGAUCUUUUUGAUCAUAAAUGGAAGAAGCCAACAGCCUUUUCUAGGAACUUAAAGAAUGUUUUUCUCUUAAUCAGCUUUACUUUAUAUGACUGAGAAGAUAUUACCAGGUAGGCUCCAUUUUCUGCACCAGCCUUACGAAUGUCUAGAGAAAUAAGACAGUUCAGGGGAAUACAUGUUCUACUUUACUAAGUAGCAGAAGCAAAGUGGAAUGCUAGAACAAAGAAGAUGCCUCCUGUUUAGAAGUUAAGUGCAGUAAUGAAUGUAUUCAUUGUUUUCCAUUAGAUAGAGUCAUCUCUGCUCCAGUAUGGUUGGUUCCUCCUAAUAACUUCAGGUCAACAAAGGAAAAACACAGUAAUAUUAGCAGCCAUCCAAAAAUCUUUUUUUGAUGUAGUUAAAGAGAUAGAGUUAGGAUUAGUAUUAGUGUAGGCUGGGUUUCUGAGUAUUGACUUCUCUUUGGUUUAUGUAUGCAGCUCAGCUAAAUUGGUGCUUUCAUGUUUAUAGUCAGAUUAAUUUUCAACAUGAUUGCUUGAAAGAAAAGAGCAAUACACAAACUGACCUCAUAAUAAAAUUGCUUAAUUAGACCAUAGGUGUAAGGUAUUGUGCACCUAAGGAGAAAUUGUGUGUCUGUGAAGGCGGCACCUGGAAGCUUGUUUUUAGGAAGUGGUGGUAGGUUCAAAUGGCAUCUUACAGUUAAAGUGUUCUUUGUAUCCUGAGCUACACAGGAAGAAGCCCAGCCUCCAUGGUAACUGAGUACUCCAGGUUAAGAGCCUCGGGUCUUUCCAUGCCCUACAGAGCCUUGUGAGCUUGUGUGACACAACCCACCAGCUUGCCACAGCAUCACUUGUGUGUCUUUCCACACCACAGCACCCAACCCUUACCAGUCAACAUCCUCCACCUCUCUUAUAAGCACAUAGGCCGGUUUCUACUGACUUUGGCUCUGGAAUUAUCAGUUCCCUCUUCUGUACAGACUGUAUUUUGAACCAAGAAAGCCCUCUGGCAGAGCUGAAUCUAAAACAACAAUGGAGGGAUGAUGCAGUAGCACUUUCUCACAGGAAGUUUGUCUUUUUCUUGUAAUCUCUUCUCCCUCCCACUGUGAUGCUUAGAGCUCACCAUUACCAUUAUGCUAGUACCUCUCCCUAUUUUAAUUGUGUAAUACAGACAGCAAGCUCCACAGGGCAAGGGCCUGCUCUUUGUCCCUGUCUGUAUGGCGCUACACACAUCAGCAAUGCUAUCUAAAUAAUGGUUACUGAUAACAAAAUGCAGCUGGCAAUUUUCCUAAACUUAGAAUCAUUUCUCUCAACUAUAACUCACUGAUCAGACAUUAUCCCUGCUUCUCUGAAGAUAAAGAUGAUUCUUUCUGGCAGCCAGGACUGGGGUAAAUGAUAGCUACUUAUUGUCAGGUGAAUGGAGUCUCACAAUCAGGUGAUUAACCAGUAACAAAGGUAGAAAAAUAAGAGAAAUCACUUACUUGUGUGGGUUGUUUUGGUGGUUUUUUUUUUUUUUUUUAGUAAACUCAGAUUACAUUUCUGAAAUACAUAAGGAACAUGGUUGUGCUAAUGUUUCAGGCAUGCAGAGAUGCUCUAUGGUUUAUAAUGCUCUUCUACUAUAAAAUAAUAUAUAAUACAAUGCAUCCCUUUUUCUGCAUAUUUCUGUGAGUUGCUAUUUUUAAAGUAGUGAAAUUCCAGGCCUUGAGCCACAUUCUGAGAAUUUAUAUUGAAUUUCUGCAGUGUGUGUUAGGAUAGGCAUUUUCUUCUUUCCUUCAUCCCUGGUCAAGUUGCUCCGCAGAAAACAGCUCUGCAUAGACAUAUUUGGAGCUUGCUUUAAUUUCAUCCUAGAAAAGGUCUUAAGUUUUGAUGGAUCAAAGUGGAAGUGUGCAAUACCUUCUGGCACUGAAUUUACUUUUUUAUCAAAGGCUGAUUCCCUCUGAAAAAUCCCUCUCCUGCUUCCUGUGCCUGGAUGUUCCCAGCAGACAAGCCUGUCCUCUGCAGUACUGCAGGGGGCAUCUCUCGCUGUAAAAGACGAGCAGUAGAUGAUGUAGUAAUUGGUUUCAUUUUGCACUGUACAGCACAGCCUUUGUUUGGGCAGCAUUUUGAUUUAAACACUAAUCUAGGUCUGCUGCACAAAUAAAUUAUUCAAGACCAAGGGGCAGAAUAUGGUUCUGUAACAAGUCUGAGCCAGACCAUCCUGAUAGCGAGUUUUGACCCUUGUGAGAAAGGGUUAAGUGGGUUCUGCUGACUCAUUGAGGUAGGUGGCUUAUUAGUUCACUUGUGUAAAAGGGAGAUAAAAAUGGUUUGCUGGGGAGAGGCCAUCUAAGAUGCUGGCUGAGCAGCCAUGAGGGAGAAGCCUUAGAAAUAGCUGAACUUUAUUUUCUUAUUGCUUAUAUCCUUGUUAAUAAAGCCAAACCCCCAAAGCAAUAAGGGGGUGGGGAUCAUUUUGGACUCCAUGCAGUAUAUGGCCAGUGCUUGAAAGCAAGAUGGGAAAGGCUCCAGCUCACAGGUAUAAAUUACAUGCAACAGUGACAUAAAGACCUUGCAUGGUGAAAAUAUUAAAGCAUUCAGUCAUAAGACCAAUAACCAGGAGAGACAGAAAUGGAGGGGUUGAAGGCAGGCUAGAAAGUCAGGUUUUAAGAUGAGAAUUUAGAAGGAGAUAAGGAAUUGCUGAAAGGGGAGAGGUCUGCACAGAUUGUUUCAGGUGACCAGAGCUGCAGAGUGAAUGGUUUCUCAGCAAUGACACCAGUCUGACAGUAGAUUAAAAGAGUAAAUAAGUACCUAAAUUUAUCUAUGAAGGAUUUUUCAGCAAAGAUGUGCUGGGACUGAUAUUUUUUCUCCCUCUCAGUUUGCUGCUGUAGGGAGGAGGGGUUUUUUGGCAUUGUAUAGUGGAAGGUGAAAGUGAAAGGAACAUCCGUACGGUCAGUUAAGAAUAUAAACACAAGAACAUAAGAAAGGCUGUAUGGGGUCAGACCAAAGGUCCAUCUGGCUCAAUAUCCUGUCUCUGAUAGAGAACAACAGCGAAUACCUAGGGAAGAAUAUAUACAGUGAUAAAAGUGUUAUUUCCCCAGCAUGAUCUUCCAGCUUCUAAUCAUUUGCAACUCAAGGAUUUCCUAAGCCAGGUGUGAUAUUUUUGUAUUUAAUAGCCCUUAAUAGGUUUUCCUUCUAUGUAAGCGCCUAGUAAUUUUUGAGUUAUAACCACUAUAGCCUCGUACCCACUAGCCUCUGUGACCUCUUGUAGCAAGAAGUCCCACAAGUUACUGCACACAAAAUGCUAAGCCAUCUUCUUUCUGCCUGUUCUGAUCCCUCUGCCCACUAGCCUUCAAUGCCAAUCUAGUGUCUGUUUAGUAUCUACAUGUCCCACGAGAUUUUAGCCCCCCUUCAGUCAUUCUGUCCCAUCCUUAAUUCUCUGGUUUUUCACCUGAAUUACUUAUUCCUCAUAUAGGGGCUGCCCCAUGUCUCUUCCUUGUCCUGGCCAUUUUUCUCUGAACCCUUUCUAGUGCUGCUUUGUCAUGUUUGAGAUGAGGGACCAAAUCCUCAUGCAGUAUCCAGGGUGCAGGUGUGGCAGGGAUUUAUCCUAAAGCAUAUUGACCUUUCUUUUCUCUUUUCUAUUCCUUCUCUAUUGACUGCUAACAGUCUACAUGUUCUUUUGGCUGUUGCUGAGCACCAGAGUGAUGUUUUCAUAGAACUACUUGUUUUAUACACCAAAUCUUGUUGGAUGGCAAUGGUCAGCUGUGAGAUCAUCAUUUUAUAUGUUAAGUUUUCUUAUUUGUAAUGUUUUACAUUUAUUAGCCUUGAAUUUCAUCUGUCAUCUUAGUUCUCAAUCUCUCUGUCACAUUAAGUCCUUCUGCAUUUUUCCACAGCCAUCCUCCCAUUUCUACUGCUCUGUUUCCUUAAUGUCCUUUGAACAAGGUAGAAACUCAAAGGAUGUAGGAAGCAAAGAAGUUAAGGAGGAAUAGAUGAGAGAGAAACCCACUUGAUGUUGAUCUGCUUGAAGUAAGAAAUAAGAAAGUGAUGAAAGUCAGAGAGCUAGGAGAUAAAUGUUCAAAAACAGAUCUGAAGACAAUAGACAAAUUGAGAAGGGAACCUACAGUGGUCAAAGACAGGAAGAUACAAAUGUAAACCAAAGAAGCCAAUGCAAAAGUAUUAAUUUGUUUAGAUGUAUCAAUGUCUGGGAAAAGGUUAGGAGGCAACAUCUGUGGGAAGAAAGGAGAUACAAAGAAGUUAAAAGUCUGUGAAAAAUGUGAAAGGGACUGGUAGAAAUGGAAAGAGUGAGAGACAUUAGUGGGACACCGAUGAUAAAAUGACAUCGGUGCUGGAUUGGGAAUUCAGUGUGGUACAAGCAAGUUUGAAGUGGAAAUGUGCCAGAAAUAUGUUAUUCCUACUGUAAGAGCUGCAUUUUGCAUUGUAAUACUGAUAGCUCUGGGGCCAUGGCCCAUUUCCCCCAUCUAGGAAUUUCAGGACAAUGUGAUUUAUUGCAUGCAGCACUAGCUUAGACUGGAUAAUUUUAAAAAGAGUUUAGCACCAUUUCCUUCCUUUACAGCUCCUUGAGAAAUGCUUACACAUUAGCUGUGGUGGAGAGCUAAGUGAAUUAUGAGACAAAAAGUUUUAUUUGGGAAGGUUAUGUUGCAUUGCCUGCCUUUCCUUAAAGGGUGUAGCUGGAAUACAUUCAAUAUAGACAUUAUAAUGUGAAAACACAAUAUCCAUGACCUUUUAAAAUUUAUAGACAAUCCAACAAAGGUACUGAAAGCAUGUGAUUAAUAUAGUCUAGGGCUUGGAAACAGACACUGCAUACUCAUGUAAUCCUGCAAAAUCUCUUUGAGAGCUACCUACCUAUUCUCUGGAAUUUCACUUGUCAUGUAGAAAAAUGAAAGUGGGUCUGAUCUCUGGCUGUUCUAAUUCUGAAGAAAACUUCCAGAAUGGGAAGUAUGAGUAACAAAUAAACUGUUCUCUAGAGAGGUGAGAGCAUAGGUCUAAAUGGUGUGUGAAUUGCCCCAGUCAUUUCAGCAAGGUUCUAACUUAUUUGCCCAGAAGUAAUAAUUUAAAUGCCAAUAUAUUUGUCACCCUGUACUUCAUGUAAUAAAUUGAAAAAGGUUGAAA